AUGCCCUUGUCCAGAGGGUAUUUGGAGGGGGUCAAGCCGGCAGGAUACAAAAUAAUGGAGAGCAGAAAGAAGGAAGACAGCCUUACCCAGAAAGAACCCACAAGAACAGAUCCCCGGGGGGCAGAGGAACACUCCCAGGGGAGAAAUUCGGACAGUGGCAGUCAGGAAAGAGACUGCCAGAGCCAUAGUGAUCCAGGGAGGCAGCGGAGGAAAAACACAGCCUUUAGGGGGACGUUUGGUGUAUCGUCCCAGUGCAAGGAAGGCAUUGAAAGGCUGAAAGACCUCCUGGCCUUGCAAAGACCCCUUGCGAGGCUCACCAUCUGCAAUGAGUGUGGCAAGGGCUUCAGCCGCAGUUCGGACCUCGUCAGGCACCAGAUCACUCACACAGGGGAGAAGCCCUACACCUGUGCUGACUGCGGCAAAGGCUUCAGCCAGAACUCCAACCUGCUGACCCACCAGAGGAUACACACAGGAGAGAAGCCCUACCAAUGCAGGGACUGCAGCAAGCGCUUCAGCGAGAGCUCUGCCCUCAUCCAGCACCAGAGGACCCACACGGGAGAGAAGCCUUACGCGUGCCUGGAGUGCGGGAAGCGAUUCAGCGUGAGCUCGAACCUCAUCCGUCACCGGCGCACCCAUACAGACGAGAGGCCUUAUACCUGCGAGGAGUGCAGGGAGGGUUUCCGGCACAAGUCGCAGCUCAGGAGGCACCAGAAACUGCACGUAGCUUAGCAUUUGGGGUGGGGGGUGACCUACAAAGCCAAACCCCAUACUGUGUAAAAGAGCAGGCCGAUAUGUAAAACUGAAACAGGUUUUUGUAGGGAAUGUUCUCGUGCACAUUUUCUGAACUCGGAUUUACCUGCAAAAAGAAAGUUAAAGUUGAUCCUUCCAGUUUAAUUUUCCCACCCGUUGCUCUCCUGCACAGGUUUUGGGAUGCAA